CGGGGCAUCUCGCCGGGACGAGGCUCCCGGGAAGUGGCAGCAGAGGAGGGUGCGCGCGGGCUGCGUUCGCGGCUCGGCAGGAGACGCCGGCGGGAGGCGGCCGGAAGGCUGAGGAACGAGUGGGAGCCGGCGGCGCAGAACCAUGGCCCCGCAGAACCUGAGCACCUUCUGCCUGUUGCUGCUCUACUUCAUCGGGGCGGUGAUCGCCGGGCGAGAUUUCUAUAAGAUCUUGGGAGUGCCUCGUAGUGCAUCUAUAAAGGAUAUUAAAAAGGCCUACAGGAAACUAGCCCUGCAGCUUCAUCCUGACCGGAAUCCUGAUGAUCCCCAAGCCCAGGAGAAAUUCCAGGAUCUGGGUGCUGCUUAUGAGGUUCUGUCAGAUAGUGACAAAAGGAAACAAUAUGAUACUUACGGUGAGGAAGGAUUGAAAGAUGGUCACCAGAGCUCCCAUGGAGACAUUUUUUCACACUUCUUUGGAGAUUUUGGUUUCAUGUUUGGAGGAACCCCUCGUCAGCAAGACAGAAAUAUUCCAAGAGGAAGUGACAUCAUUGUAGAUCUAGAAGUCACUUUGGAAGAAGUGUAUGCGGGAAAUUUUGUGGAAGUAGUUAGAAACAAGCCUGUAGCCAGGCAGGCUCCGGGCAAGCGGAAAUGCAACUGUCGGCAGGAGAUGCGAACCACACAGCUGGGCCCAGGCCGCUUCCAGAUGACCCAGGAGGUGGUUUGUGACGAGUGCCCUAAUGUCAAACUAGUGAAUGAAGAACGAACACUGGAAGUAGAAAUUGAACCUGGGGUGAGAGACAGCAUGGAGUACCCCUUCAUUGGAGAAGGUGAACCCCAUGUGGAUGGGGAGCCCGGGGAUUUACGGUUCCGAAUUAAAGUUGUCAAGCACCGAACAUUCGAAAGGAGAGGGGAUGAUUUGUACACUAAUGUGACAAUCUCACUAGUUGAGGCUCUGGUUGGCUUUGAAAUGGAUAUCACACACUUGGAUGGUCACAAGGUACAUAUUUCCCGGGAUAAGAUUACCAGGCCAGGAGCCAAGCUAUGGAAGAAAGGGGAAGGGCUUCCCAACUUUGACAACAACAACAUCAAGGGCUCAUUGAUAAUCACUUUUGAUGUGGAUUUUCCAAAAGAACAGUUGGCAGAGGAAGCAAAAGAAGGCAUCAAGCAGCUACUCAAACAAGGCUCAGUGCAGAAGAUAUACAAUGGACUGCAAGGGUAUUAGGCGUGAAUAAAAUUGGACUUGGCUGAAAUAAGUGAAUCGGCGAUAUUUAUUAUUUGCAGGAUUUUUGUGUGUUUUCGUUAUUUUCAAUAUGCAAGUUUAGCUUAAUUUUUUUCUUGAUGAUCAUCAUGACAUGAAUAAGAGGGCUUAAGAAUUUGCCUAUUUACAUUCAGACAAGAAUGACCAGCAAAAGGUUAACUAAUACCUCUCCCUUUGGGGAUACAAUGUCUGGUGCUGACGCCCGAGUUUCAAGGAGUAAAGUCUCUGGAGGACUCCAGGAACAGAAGAAGCCGGAUAAAGGGUGAGAUAACUGUUAGCUGUUUCAUCAAAAUGCCAACUGGAGAAGUUUUAAAUACAUUUUGUUAUUUUCUUCUCGA